AUGGAAGAGCAACCUAUUAUCUUCGCGCCUGAGACAUUCCAGUAUGAUAAGUCUUCGUUAAGUGUCGAGGAUGUCGUAGCCGAUCCGAUCGACCAGUUUACAAUGUGGUUCGAGGAUGCCCGGAAAGACCCAACAGAAGAUAUCCCAGAGGCAAUUACUUUCUCCACAGCCGAACUUCCAAGUGGCCGCGUAUCUUCGCGGGUGUUACUGUUUAAGGAGCUGGACCAUCGUGGUUUCACGGUAUAUUCAAAUUGGGGGACUUCCAAGAAGGCUGCUGACGUUCGCAGUAACCCGCAAGCCGCCAUUGUGUUCUUCUGGCGGAACCUGCAACGCCAGGUGCGCGUGGAGGGAAUAGUGGAGCACGUCUCGCGUGCGACCUCGGAGCGGUACUUCAAGACGCGGACGCGGGGAUCUAAAGUCGGCGCUUGGUCCUCGCUCCAGUCUCAGACGCUGGCGGAUCGGAAAGAACUGGAAGACCGCUACAAGGCGAACGAAGCGCGCUUUGCAGAGGAAGAAGACGUGCCUUGUCCAGAACACUGGGGCGGCGUACGGGUGGUGCCUCUUGAGAUAGAGUUCUGGCAAGGCAGGCCCUCCCGCCUGCAUGAUAGAGUGGUCUAUCGGCGGAAGACCGAGCACGAUGACUGGGAGAUCUCACGGCUAGCUCCAUGA